AUGCCCUCUACUGCAAGCCAACUUGAGCGAAGCCUUAGAAGACUUCAGAUCUCAGAGUCUGACUCACAAGAAACGUCUACCGCGGUGCAAUGGGUGCCUUCUAAAUACAGCUCAGACGUAUCUCAGUACGUUCUCGUAAAGCCUCCCCGGGCUCCAUGCGGCAAUCGUUGGCUGUUUGGUUUUCCUAUUGUCAGGAAGGAACUUUGGAACAUGGGGACCAUUGCUUUCCACCAUGUUCGGCCAGGCAAAACUUUACCAGACAACAAUGCCUACAUCGCCAUGAAUUCCCUCACAUUUCUCAAGGUAUAUCUCGGUCUUCGCGUUUGCACUUUGGCAGGUGGAAAGGUGGUUGGGGAUUCGAAGGAUAUCCCAUCAGAGUGUGUGACAUCGGGAGAGGUGCUGUUGUUAGUAUUGUGGAUGGAUACGGAACGGGAGGCUACCUGCCCAACGCAAAGUCAAGUGCAUUCCGUGGAGAUGAAGCUUAAGCGCCCACCGGGAUGGUGGGUAGAAAUCCCAUUUUGUUAA